AUGAUUCAAGCUGGGAUCAACAAUUUAUUAGACACAGGAUAUAUUGAGACUAGCUGUCUCAACAACAGUAUUAAACACCUUCAUGGGCAAGGAAUGUCCCUGAGUAACUACUCUUAUAGUAAACAACGUCUGGCUGCCAUCAUGAAAGGAAUGGACGAGGUCGCGUUUGUUGGAUUGACGGGGCCGGUGUCCUUUGACAAGUCUCACAAUCGUAUCGGCAACCUGUACAUCAAACAGUAUUUUGCGUCAUCAUCAAGGGACAUUGCAUCUUAUGAUGGUAUAAACGAUUCUUUACAUUGGUUCGUUCCUCACAAUUCCAUCUGGAAAGAUAAUUUCAUCCCAGCUGAUUCUGCUCUUAAAACUCACCAAAAGAAGACCAUCCCUAAGUCAUUAUAUGCGACCCUUUGUGUAUUAGCAGGAGUUGGAAUUAUUGUCACAAUUUCUUGCUUCGUUUUUAAUGUUGUUUGGAGAAAAAACAGGAUAGUGAAAAUGUCAUCACCAAAUAUAAACAGCAUACUACUGAUUGGCUGUUUACUUCUGUAUGUAUUUAUAAUUAUCAAGACAGCGGCAUCGGCAACCAAAGCAAUUUGUACGGUGCAAUUGUUUUGCUUCUGGAUAGGCUUCGCUACCACAUUUGGAUCCAUGUUUUCCAAGACAUGGAGAGUCUACAGAAUUUUCACAAACACAAAAAUGGAACGGAACAUGUCCAUUAGGGACAAACAUCUACUGGUCAUCAUUGGUAUAGUCGUUACAAUGGAAACGAUAGUGUUGACAGUUUGGGAGUGUUUGUCCCCACAUAGAGUGACCAGGCAGCAACUGGAUAGAGAGAUUAUAAUCACAGACAGUGGGGACGAGAUAUUAUUUUUCUACCCCGUUUGUGACUCGGAUCACUCAAACCAUUUCAUCUGGACACUUCGAAUAAUGAAUGGUACUCUUAUAGCCUUUGGAGCUUUCUUGGCUUGGGAAACCAGAAACGUUCAUAUAGACGCCCUAAACGACUCCAAGACGAUCGGAAUAUGUGUGUACAACGUUGUAAUUCUGAGUGCAGUUGAGCUAUUGCUGUCGCUGAUUCUUCGGGAUAAACCAGUUGAGCUGCUCGGAGUCACUUCCGUGUGCCUUUUCGCCGGAACUUUCGUCUCGGAGAUGUUGAUAUUCCUCCCAAAGAUGUUAGCUGUUUACCGGAACCCGACUGCAACCUCACAGACAGCAGUGAAAACUAUAGAAACCACGCAAACUGAACAUGGCAACACUGCACUUUGAAAAGUCAUUAUUUACCCAAAGAGGUUAUCGCAAAUAAAUGGAACUGACGACGAGAUCUAUAGACAACACAAAUGAAAUAAAGGAGGGAUUUGAUAGAGAUGUCAAAAUACGAUUACUAUGAGAUUGGAAUUACAACACACAUUGAACACACGACACGAUUUGAUUAAAAAAGCACAUUUAUAACUGUUAUAAAUUAUCAUGUUUAAGUGUAAUUGUCUGUAUGGACUUGAUAAACGCUUAUUGCGUCUUAUUCAUGAACUGUACAAUGAUGAGCUGAAUAUUACACUAAAUGACGCCAUGGAGGGUUUUCCAUCAAUUACAAAUUAAAGCUUAUACUCGUUUGCAUUCAUUUAAUCAUGCCUCAGAAUGUAUCAAUGCUUGUGUUUUGGUGUAUCUCUUAAACUAUUAUUUCAUUGCAAGUGUGAUUCUAAGGAGUUCAUUUAACUCCCACCUUAAUGAAGGGCCAAUUUUCCAGUUUUUAAUUCGAUGUAUGUGUUUGUUGUGCAGAUUGAUACCUUGAAUAGUACAUUUAUUGCAUGCCACAAUGUUUGAAAACUUGCUCAUU